AUGUCAGAUAGUCACAAACCAAAAAUACAGUACGCCGUGCGGGCACGGUCAGCCUCAGACGACUCGACAUCAUCAACAUCAACAUCCACCACCACUCCACCCAAUCCACGAACCCGAGCAUUAUCCAUCGUCACAACGCCUUCGUUGAAGUCUCCUCGCGCUGCACGUUUCGCAGAGGCCACUGCUGUAAACUCCCCCAUCGAGCCAAGUACCACGGGAAAGGCCAAUUUCACGUCGCAACCAGCUUCGAGAUCGUACAUGGCGCAACCCCAGGUCUCGGAUGUUGGCUUCGGCUACGUCAACAAGCAUGAAUCUGUCGAGAUGCCCAAUACCGAUUACGAACCUCCGCUCACUGCAAAGUCGGUUUCCUUCCCCAAGACUGCAUUGAAGAGUGCCAUGAAGACUCCAGGAGCACCGCCCAAGAAUCUCGAAGCCAUGCUCAGUCCGACAUUCCGGGAAGAACAUGCUCUGGAGAAGCACGAACAGCAUACCGACAAGGAGCAAGUCAAAGAUCUGAAAAUCAAAACCCGCGUCCGCGUGGCAAAGUUCCUCCUCCGCGGCGUCUCCUUCUCCUGCUCCCUCAUCGUAAUCGGCAUGCUCGCCUCCACCUUUGCAAUCUUCAACGCCACCAAAGCCCUGCCUCCGAGAAAUUCCCUCCCACCUUGGGCCAAAGGCCAACAGACCUGGCCACAAAUCAUGCUCCUCGUCAUAGCUUGCAUCUCCCUCGCAAUGUGCUCCUUCAUCCUCUUCAACUACUGGCGAGGAGGCCACAAACGCGCCGAAAAGACCGCCGUCUACUUUACAGCAUUCUCGGUCGGAGUCUUCAUCUUCACGGUCAUUAUGUGGGCUAUUGGCGCAGCCGUCUUGCAGACCUCCCGAACAAAUGGCAACAACAAAGACAUGUGGGGAUGGGCCUGCGUCAACAACCAGAGGAAAUCUCUCUUCGAGAACGAAGUCGACUAUGAGCUCAUCUGCCGCCUGCAAAACUGGAGUCUGGUCUGCGCAAUCAUCGAAAUCGUAGUCGAAGUCAUCGUCAUCGCAGUCUACGGCAUCGUCUUCUAUCGCUUCUGGACCCGUCGAAGACUGCGCAAGUCCAUGGCUGCUCGCGAUCGCGCUCGAUCAGACUUGUAUCUCGCACAACUUCGCUCGCAAUCCGCACCCAACACUCCCGGCGGCCCCAUGUCUCCUCGCGAUGGAGGCUGGAGAGCACCAACCACGGAAUACUACGCCCACGGCCCCUCUCUGGAAGAAGGCAACGGAGAUGUCCGCUACGUCGACGCCUCGCAGAAAGCCCGCGAACCUGCCGCACCGUUCAAACUCCAAGCUCCUCCCAUCCGCGUCACCAACGCCACGCCCAAAAUACAAAGUAUGGGUUUCCAACCCGUGACUGUCACGACAAGAGAACGUGAACGCUCAAGAACGCCUUCCCCCGACGUYGUGGUGGAUCAAAGAUCCCCAUUAAUGGCAGAGGCUCCUCGGGAAGUGCGACAGGAGCAUUUCGCAGCUGUAGCGCCUGGAGAGCAAGUAUACGACUCCGUUCCGAUUCCCGGUGCUUAUGAAGCGCCCAUGUCCCCGGGAUUUGAAGCGAGGGGCGGUGGGAUGAAUUUCCCUUCAAGAUGA